UCCAACUCGCCUAGGGUGCGACGACAAGGAUACCGGUUGGUGGCAGACGUACCGAGUACAGUAUAAAAAAGUUGCUGCAUGGAAGCUGUGUCGAAGCUCGAAAGGUUUCUUAUAUUCUUCUGAAGUUCCUACUUUUGGGGACUGGCAUUUGGCCUUCCUGUGGAUUCGAGGGCAUUCGAUCGGUUCGAUUCACGCCUUCGUAUAGCAGUGCAGGAUAUUGAACCCGACGUCUUGAAGAGAAGUUGCAAAAGGGGAAAAAACUGCGCGACGUCCAAUUCAACCAACCUUCUUCCGUCCCGGUUCGCAGCUUUUCGCGCUCCAACAACCCAAUGGCCGCCGUUCCCCCCUCCUCCCCAGCCACCGACGUCGACCACAACCCGACUCCGAGCACCAAAACCAAAUCCAAACUCGACGCCUCCCAAGAUGUCGAUGUGGACGUCGAUGCCGCGGUAGGAGACGCGCCCGUCGCCGUGCUCGAGGAUGUCGCUCUGGGGGAUCCCGUGUACGCGGCCAAGGCGAGGGUGCUGAAUAAGGCGAUCCAGGAGAUUGGCAUGGGGAGGUAUCAGUGGCAGCUCUUCAUCGUCAUCGGCUUCGGCUGGGCCUCGGACAACCUCUGGCCCAUCACCACGUCGCUCAUCCUACCCCCCAUCACCCUCGAAUUCCUGCCCCAACGACCCCCCUACCUCACCUUGGCCCAGAACCUCGGCCUGCUCGUCGGCGCCCUCUUCUGGGGCUUCGGCUGCGACCUCUUCGGCCGCCGCUGGGCCUUCAACCUCACCAUCGGCAUCACCGCCGUCUUUGGCCUCGUGGCCGCGGGAAGCCCCAAUUUCGGCGCCAUCGCCACCUUCGCGGCCCUCUGGAGCGUCGGUGUGGGCGGCAAUCUACCCGUGGACUCGGCCAUCUUCCUGGAGUUUUUGCCCGCCAGCCACCAGUAUCUGCUUACCGUGCUGAGUAUCGAUUGGGCAUUGGCGCAGGUGUUUGCUACGUUGGUCGCGUGGCCGCUGCUGGGCAAUCUGACCUGCCAGCAGGCAGAUGAAGAAGACGGGACUCAGGCGACGUGCAGCAGAUCCGCCAACAUGGGAUGGAGGUACUUCAUGAUUGUCAUGGGUGGCGUGGCCAUGAUCAUGUUCUUCCUGCGCUUCGUGUGCUUCACCAUCUUCGAGAGUCCAAAGUACCUGAUGGGCAGGGGCAGGGACGAAGAGGCCGUGCGCGUGGUGCAUGAAGUCGCGAGACGGAAUGGCAAGACGACGAGCCUUUCCAUCGAGGAUCUCAAGGUGUGCGAGCAGCUCGCCGGGACGACGAGGACCUCCUCUCCCACCAAUAAUCCCCCUCCUCCUGUUCCCGCUGCUGCCACCCCUCAAUCCACCUCCAAAACUGCCGCCCUCUACCGCAGCCUCUCCCACCUCUCCCUCACGCACAUCCGCUCCCUCUUCCACACGCCGCGCCUCGCCCUCUCCACGACCCUCAUCACCCUCAUCUGGGCCCUCAUCGGCCUCUCCUUCCCCCUCUACAACGCCUUCCUCCCCUACACCCUCGCCACCCGCGGCGCCUCCUUCGGCGACUCCUCCACCUACCUGACCUACCGCAACGCCCUCAUCAUCGCCGUCCUCGGCGUCCCGGGGUGCCUCCUGGGCGGCCUGCUCGUCGAACUCCCUUACAUAGGCAGAAAAGGUACCCUCUCCCUCUCGACCAUCCUGACAGGCGUGUUUCUCUUCGCCAGCACCACAUCCCUCACCUCGACGGCCCUGCUGGGCUGGAACUGCGCCUACAAUUUCGUCGCGAAUAUCAUGUACGCCGUGCUCUACGCCUAUACGCCCGAGAUCUUCCCGACCAGGGAUCGUGGCACGGGCAACGCCGUCACGGCGGGCGCGAAUCGCGUCUUUGGCGUCAUGGCGCCCAUUGUCGCCAUGUUUGCCGAUUUAAGGUCCAGUGUGCCUGUCUAUGUGAGUGGUGCCUUGUUCGUGGGCGCUGGGUUGUUGGUGUGGGGUUUGCCGUUUGAGAGUCGCGGGAGGGCGAGUAUGUGAGGGAGGGCCAGGGUUAGUGUAGGGGAUGUGGGGAGAUGGAAUCAGGGGAGCCUGAAGUGGUGAGGAGGUGUGGUGGAUAUGGUGUUCUAGCCUUACAGGAAUACCAAUUUCUACCCUGCUUCCUUCUUGUCACCAUUCAUAUAUACCUAGAUAGACAAUCAAG